AGAAAUUUUUUUUUUGUUCGAUUAAGGAGAUCGAUUAAUCGCGACGAAGUCGUUUCAGGAUAUGGUGUCUGUUCGUUUAGGGAAGCUUCUAAUCCUAUUUGAUCGCUGAAAGAAGGUCUCGAAACAUUGGCAAAGCACAGUGCUGUACAAAAUACGCUUACUUUGGGUCCAGGAUGGGGGUGAAUCGAGAUAGUUCGUGGUCAUCGUUGUUAAUUACGGGUGAAAUUGUGUUACAGGGGCGAGAAACUUUACGUAACGAAGGAUAAGAGAUCGAGGAGCUCGUAUUGGAGAAGAAUGGCCUGUUGGGGAUGUUGCUUGGCGGUCGUGUUGAUAGCUGUCAUCAUCGCCAUUUUGGCGGCGACUGGAAUAAUCUUGACGCAAGAGACUUCCGAACCUCUGGAGAAUCUUCAGCAGAAUUCGCGGCAAUUUGGCGACGUGCGAACGGCCGAGAGUCAAGAAUACAUGAAGAAUCCUCCGCCGAGUCCGCCACCCGCGACUUCAACGUUCCCAUCCUGGCCUACGACCGACGAAACUCUGUACAACACGGUCCCAAGCGCCUUGGACGGUGUGCUAAAAUUAGACGAGUUCCAAUGGGACAACGAUCUAAGCGAUCCGAAGUCGAGAGUGUACAGACAAGUGAGCACGGAGAUAGAAGAACACUUGAGGAGCAUGUUGAGGCAGCCAAUGGAUAACGAAACGAUCGUCAAAGUGUAUGACAUAAACAGGGACGGCGAAGUGAAGUUUAGGAUAAGUUAUCCACCGCGUUCCAUCCCCGAAGAAACGCAACAGAUGAUCGAGAAAACGUUGCAGAAAAGUGGCAACAUGAUUGGACACUAUCAUUUGAACAGUUUAAAGGUGACCAAGUUGGUCGACGAUUGUCAGAGCGGGAGCCUUGGGUGUUCAGAAGGGUGCAGUUACGAUUACUCGAAGGGUCUGUUCGUUUGCUUCUGCAGCAGAGUUGGAAAGAUGUUGGCCAGUGAUGGAAAGAGUUGCGUCAAUGAGAAUGACUUGAGCAACGUGGAAAUGGACGACGAGGUGCCGGAGACCAAUACGGAAGUGGUGCACGAUUACGUGCAGGGAAGAAGCAGAGGACCUGGGUCGGUGUUUGAACCGAGGAGACCCGACAAUUGGGAUCAUUUGGACUUCAGCACGGAAACAACGCACAAUGGACACGCGCCACAAGAUAACGAACACGAAUUUCACGUAUAUCCACAUUCUUCAGCAGAACCGGAACCCACGCAGACGGCCACGACGGAAGAGAAUCGUGUGUUCAAUGACGAAUCUGAUUCGAUACAUUGGAUGCACGAUCAUUCGAAGCAUGAUCAUUCGAAGCAUGAUCAUUCGAUGCAUGAUUAUUCGACGUAUGAACAUUCGAUGCACGAUCAUUCCAUGCACGAUCAUUCGGAACAUGAACACUCGAUGCAUGAUCAUUCGGAACACGAUCAUUUGACGUAUGAUUAUUCAAGCUUCUCGACUGCUGAACAUAAACCUGAAAUGGAAUCCAGUUCUGAAUCUUUUGCUGAACCCGAACCUUCUGCUGAGCCUGAACCGUCUGCUGAACCCGAACCUUCUGCUGAGCCUGAACCAUCUGCUGAGCCAGAACCCUCUGCUGAGCCUGAACCCUCUGCUGAGCCUGAACCGUCUGCUGAACCUGAACCUUCUGCUGAGCCAGAACCGUCUGCUGAGCCAGAACCGUCUGCUGAGCCAGAACCGUCUGCUGAGCCAGAACCUUCUGCUGAGCCAGAACCGUCUGCUGAGCCAGAACCCUCUGCUGAGCCUGAACCGUCUGCUGAGCCAGAACCCUCUGCUGAGCCAGAACCCUCUGCUGAGCCUGAACCGUCUGCUGAACCUGAACCGUCUGCUGAGCCAGAACCUUCUGCUGAGCCAGAACCUUCUGCUGAGCCUGAAUCCUCUGCUGAGCCUGAACCAUCUGCUGAACCAAAGUCUCCUAAUGAAUUAGAAUUUCCAGAAUCUUCCACAAAAAUGAUUAAUACCGAACUAGUCAGUUCCAUGGAACCACAAACUACUGAAUCUAAUAAACCUGAACCUACUGGAGAAUUACAACCGUCUACUGAAGUAGAACCUUCUGCUGAACCUGAACCGAUUACUGAAGCAAAUCUUGCUAGUGAAUUAUCAACAAAAUUAACUGCAACCGAACAUCCAGAAUUACCUCUUCAUUUCACUGUUAGGCCUGAAACAUCCGGAGAAGAAGAUUCUUCUACCGAACACGAAUUAUCACCCAUCGAACCAGAAUUAUCCAAUGAUGAAAAAUCUCGUGAAAAUAUGCCUCCUAUUAUUGAACAUUCUACCGAAAUGCAAAACACUAUAGUGCCAAAAGAUUCUACCGAGAAGACAUCUAUUGAUAAAACUGAAUCUUCUACCGAAUCUGUAAUUGUGAAUAAAGAAUCUUCUGAAUCAAUUAACGAAUCAGCCUCUUUCACAGAAUCAUCUAUGGUUGAAAAAGAAACAGCAAAUACACCCAAUGUUCCUACAAACAUGGAGUCAGAAUCUACAACGCCAAUGAUGCUUAGUGAAACUACAUUACCAAAUAAUGAAAUGGCAAGCAAUGAUGAAUCUUUGCCAGUGAUACCUCUCAUCCCUGAUAUCGAAGAGACUAUGACGUCGAAUCAUUCGUUUUCUGACGAUCAUUCGGAAUCAAGUGUCGCAGUUGUAGACACAACUAUGAUAAUGAAAGACAAUGAAGAAAAGGUAACAACUUCAAGCCCUAUAGAAAUGGACAAAAACGAGCAAGUCACUGAAACAACCAACAUGCCACAAGAUGAAACAACUAUAUACACUACAACGAGCAUAAACAAUGACGAAACGAUGAACUCCUCUUCAGAAUCUAGUUCUUCCACUUCAUCCACUAAUCCUCAAUCUUUAGUUCCUGAAAUAGAAUCCACCACUAAUUCUGAGAUAACCUUCCCUAACACAGUGACAGACACUAAAUCGGAAAGCACAACUGAAUCGAAUCCCGUUACAGAGAUCAAUAGCACAGAAAUGGAUAAAGAGUCUAAAUCUCAGAAUACAUCGUCAAAUGAAUCCAUUAUGGAUCCUGAAUCACCUCCUCGUGAGACGAAUGAGACCAACGUUAUUGAGCACAUGCCAACGACAGUCUUCCCCAAAUUGCCAAAGAAUUUCGGCCAUAACGUGGAACCUCUGAUAGAACCACUGAUAAACGACACGGAAGAGCACAUUAUGCUGAUACCAAAAACGGAGCACACCACGGAAGUUCACGAUCCUCAUGCAAUUAUUCCACAAUUGAUUCCCGAACAAAGCGUCCAAUCCUCAUCGAAUGGAUCGUCGACAAACACCCCUAACCAAGAUUCGCCAAGAAGUAAAAUUCCAUCCUCUACAGAAGUUGUUGAGACGACUCUCCAUCGAUCCACCGUACGUCCAGACGAGAACGCGGUUUCUUUAAGCGACUCUGUUCGCUAUGAGGAAAAUUUGGACCAUUCGACCAACCAUCCCCUGCAUCCAGCAAUGUUCCCUGAGAACACGGUCGAACACGCCACGGAGAAAUUUGACUCGGCUUAUGACAAGCACGCGGACGAUAUGUCCCCCUUCUUGCCGGAUGUCCAGAAGGAAAAGGAAGUGAAGAAGGCGCCUAGAUUGGACAAGGACGAGCAGGACGUGCCCAAUCCUUUCGAAGAUCACGUUGAAGAUGUGAUCACCGACAAACCUUUGAUGGAAACGUCUCCUUCUACGGAACGAAACACGAACGAAACCGAAUUAAAGGAUUCUCUGAACGACGUCCACGACGUUGUACGCGAUAACGCGAAGUCUGAUGAGCGGAACGAAGUGGGUCGUGGGUUCAAAGGUGACGGGUUGGACGCCGUUGAAAGUAACGAUACGGAAUCAGGGAUUCAAAAUGGCCUAUUGCUCACCUACGAUGCUGAUAAAUCAACGAACGAGGAACACGUUUCGAUUGAGAAUGAGAGCGGAAUAGCUUCUGAGGAAGAUGAAGAAGCGUUGAAAGUGGUGCCGUUAGAGGAACAGUUCAAGGAGAUUGAAACUACCGUGAAAUACGAUUCGAGUAAAGAUAAAUCAGAAAUUACGGAAGCUGGCCCAGUUAUCGCGGAAGAAGAGAACGAGAAAUCGAAAGAUAACGUUACAAUUCAAACGUCUUCGGAAAAGCCAGAAGAGAAUGCUGUGGAGGAUCAGUAUAACGACAUUACCGAUGACAGUUUGAGCAAAGGGUAUCAGCAGGACGACACAGAAGUGUCAAAGAGAAUUAAGGACGGAUCUAAUGAGUUAAUGAAUAGCGAUGGAAAAUCCUUUAGCGCGGAUGAAUCUCGUGUAAACGAUGGAACGAACGUAACGACGACGAACGACACCGAAGACGCGUUGGCCACGAUUGGAAAUAUCCCUGACAAGCAUCCAGAGGAUGCCAGGCUGACCACUCAGAUACCCGUGCUACCGUUGGAAAUACAGCAAGAGAUGUCGACGACCGAGAAAGUGGAGAGCACCACUGUAACCGAGGAGAAUCCUCGAAGGGACAACGGCACGGAACACCAAAAUGGGGAGGAUGGAACGACAGUUCAGGUACCAACUACUCACGUGAUGUCGAUGGAGACGAAAACUACUGCCCAGAUACCAAUAUUGCCAGAAGAAUUGCAGACUACUGAAAACGACGUGCUGCUGACCACCUCCACCAUGAGGUCAGAUAUCGAAACGAAAACUGGCAACUUGGAAAACGUGUCUUCUGAGAGCGUGGAACGAAAGGAAAUGCUUGAUACGAAUGAUAAUGAAACUCGAAUAAUUAAUUCAUCAGAACGACAAGUGAACAGUCAGAACGAUACUGCUGAUGAUUCGAUGGCCAGUGCGGUGGAAAACGAGGGUAAAAGUAAUGAUAACGCGUUAAGUGUUACAAUGUUGGAUAACACAAGUGAGGAAAGUACGAGUGCGCCGACGACAAUGAGCGUCGAGGAAAGUACGAAGGAGAAUGUGACAGAAAGUUCAACGCUCGAACCUUCUCCUUCGACGUCCAACAAUGGAACUGCGACCACGACAGAAUCGCAGAAAAUGUCCGAGACCUCCAUUACAACAGAGAAUGUUAAACCUGUGAUUGAGAUAUUAGAAGAUGACACUGUACCAGUAAGAUUCGACUACAGGACGCAUUUUGUCAUGACCACGCCCAAGGCUAACUUGAAUAUGGAGGACCUAACGGAGGAAGAUUUAAAAGUGAUCCCAUUAGAAAAGAGUUUAGAAGUGAAGAAGAAAUCAACCGACAAGAAGGUUAUUGAUAAGUACAAGUACAAGAAAGAAAAAGAAUUGAAUUUGGAGGAGAACGAGGGCGAGAACGUGUUAACGGAUAUACCAGAAUUAUCGUCUACUGAAACGUCACAAACGGUGAGGGAGAUCAAAGAGGAGGCAAUCACCACUGGCAAAGAAGAAAACUCUGUACCAAAAUUGAAAAUCAUUGAGACUACCAGUGGAUCAAAUCAAACGGAAGUUCGAUCCUCUGUAGCAAAUGAAAGUCUCGGUGGUAAAACCAGCAUAACAGUGCCAGACGCAGCAAAGAAGUAUCCCAGUUUCAUACCCGUUUCAGAGAAGAUCAUAGAGCCAGAAUUUGUUACAGAACCUUUCGUGCCUCUUCGAAACUUGAAUCAUUUCCAUCGAUCAGACGUUGCAACGGAACAUCCAUCGAUAACAAACGAAUCGUCUAACGAAGAUCAUACGACCAUGGAGCCAGAACAAGCGACGACAUUAGACGACGAAAAAAUAAACGAAACGGAUUCGUCCACCUUCCCUACAAACCAAUCGCCCAUUCCUUCGAGCACAACUGUUGACGUUUCAUUGAUGCAAACCAAAUUACCUGAAACUGUAACCGUGGAAGCAACCAGCCACAUAGACGUUUCGUUCCUGAAUCUACCUUCGAACGCCGUGUUUUCCAAGUGCGCUGCUGGACAAUUCCAAUGCGUGAAUGGAACGUCCAGGGAUGGCGCGUAUUGCGUGAAACUGUCUGCCAAAUGCGACUCUGAGAACGAUUGCUCGGACGGAUCGGACGAGCUGAACUGCGAAGGUUGUCCAGGAAAUUUCAAAUGUGCUAGUGGGCAAUGCCUGAAACGAGACCUGGUGUGCAAUAAAAUCGUCGACUGCGAUGAUGGGAGCGACGAGAAGAACUGCGAGGAAUGGAAGUGUCAAUUCGACGAAUUCAGGUGUCCCAGUGGAAGAUGCAAUCCAACAAUCUAA